UGCAGGAGAGUAUAAAAGGAGAAGUAUUCAAUGGCUUAAGGAAAGUAAUCAUUUAAACAAAUACAUAACAGGUGCAAUUAGACGUUUACAAAAUAUCCCAAAAGGAUCAGUGAUAAGAGCAGUUGAUACACUAAAUGCAGUUUUCUGCACAAUGGACGACAUACCAAAUGAACAAGCAAAGGCCAUCCUUCCCAAACUGCUGGAUCAGCUUCAUCAAAAAGAGAGACAUACAACAUGGGAAGCUGUUCUGGAACAGCAAGGAGAACUUGAAAUUUGGGGGGUUGUUCUCCCAACAAUUUAUGUGAUAACACAGAAAACAAAGGGCAUCAACAGCUGGGAAUCAAAGGACAUUGAAACACUGACCAAAACAGUCCGUCCUUUUGUAGAUGAGCAGUACACCCCUGAUAUCAGAACCUACACAUAUGGCAUAUUUGCAAACUUGGUCUCAGCUAAGAACUUCCGGCCAGACUUAAUAACCUCAGUACCUGAGGACAUAUUGAUAUAUGCUGACAUCAAAAUGAAUGACAAGCUAAAAGAAGGACUAAAACGUCUGAAAUCUUAUUUAGACAACCCACAGUCUGAAUGUGAUGAAAGCUCUACUGUCACUAAAUCCAAAAAAAAGAAGAAAAAGAAGAAGAAGACAAAGAAAGGAGAAAAACAAGACCCAAGCUGUGGUGACGAUGCAACUGCUUCUGAUGCAGAAAUAACUACUGUACCAAAGUUACUCUCAAAUGUAAGGCCAUUUAAUGACAGUCCAACCAAAGCUUCACCAUUAAGAAAAAGACUUCCAAUCAGCAAAAGGUGGAAUGAAAAGCUUAAAAAACUCGUAACCACUGAUGAAAGCAAAAUGAUAAGAAUAAGUGGCAUUAUUUAUGUAAAUAAUACAGAAUUUAAAAUAGCAAAGGGAAGUGAUGGAACUGAAGUAUUCCUUGGACUGAGAGAUGAUGGCACCGAAGUUGCAAUUAAAAGAAUGUCUAAAAGUAACUAUGAAACUCUGAAGAAUGAGGAAGGAAUCCUUCGACUGCCAGAACUAGAGCAUCACUCUAUUGUACGAUACAUUGAUCAUGCAGAAGAUGAAAAUUUUGGAUAUCUUGCUCUCCAACUUUGCGAGUACACUUUGGAAGAAUAUAUCAGUGCUGGUAAUAUUGAUGCCCUCCAGAGAAAGAAACUUGUCUUAGAACUCCUUGAAAGCUUAAAAGUGCUUCACUGUCAAAAUCCUCAGAUUCUCCACCGUGAUUUAAAGCCACAGAACGUUUUAAUCGAUGUUAUGGGGAAGUCAAGAUUGGCUGAUUUUGGGAUAAGUCGACGCUUACCCAAAGACCAAACAACACACCAAACAAUGGCUGCAGGAACAAAGUGCUGGAAAGCCAGAGAGACUCUAGAGGAGGGGCCCCAUGUGAAAUACAAGUCAACCACUGAUGUACAGGUGGCAGGGAUGCUGAUAUAUUAUAUCCUGUCUGGAGGAAAACACCCUUUCAAUGUCAGUAAACCCUUUCUGCUGGAAUCAAACAUUUAUAAAGGGAAAUACAGUUUGGAUGAUAUUCAGGAUGUUGUAGCAAAAGAUCUCAUUGAAUGGAUGAUCAACAAAGAACAAACAGACAGACCGGGAGUUGAACAAUGCCUGAGUCACCCCUUCUUUUGGCCAUAUGUGAAAAAAGUCGAAUACCUGAAAAAGGUUGGUAACAAAGACGAAGUGGCAAAUUAUAAAAAUGCAGACCAGGAAUUUAAAGACUCGUUUGAAAAGUAUGCAGCUUGUGGAGCCUUCUCACAGUGGAAGGAAAAGUUUCCACAAGAACUGGUUCAAAAGAUGGAUGGCAAGAAAAAAACCUACCCUGAGAACAUUCUGGGAUUGCUGCGUUUCAUACGCAAUAUGCUUGAGCACUAUGCUGAAGAUGCUUCCAAAACUAAUGUCCUUGAAUUAUUUCCUGAUCUAUUUGGAUGCGUCUUCAAGUUCGCUAAAGACAAAGGGUGGAAUCAACAGGUCCCACUGAAUGAAAUGUUUCAGAGUGAAGACUCGCGCAGCAUCUUUGUGAUGCCAUCCCCAAACACUGAGGAGCAGCUGGGGGUUUCAGUUCAGGACUCUCAACCCAGUAACUUGGAUUGAAUUCAAAUUCAGAAAGGCAAAGAAACACAAAGAAAUGACUGAGCCUUAUGCAAGACAUUCAGUUCACAUGUCCAAUCUUUAUACUAAUAUUAUCAAUUCAGUUAUUAUGCCAUGUAACAAUCCAUUACUUGAUUAGCUUUGAACAUGUUUUUACAAACACAAAUGCAUUGGAAGACCUCAUUAACAUGUAAAUGAGGUUUGAUUUUUGUUUUGAGUUUCUUAAAUAAUAGACUAAAUGUUUUUAUGCAUCUGUGAGGACUUUAUAUAUGGUGAUUGCCAGUGUCAUCUCGAUCUGUACUUCAGACUUGUCUGUUGCUGAUUUUUAAUUCAUGCCUUUCUUCUUUCCACAUGAGCUUGAUAAAGCCUUCAUUAUUAUAUCAUUACUGUCCAGAAAUGAGAUAUGUUAAAACCAAAGAUUAUUAUGUUUUAUACGUCAUGUUGUUUAUCUGGGCAUCAACAUUUACUUCUCAUUAUUUGAUUUCUUCAGAAUGCAGAAAUGUUUGUGAUUUCACAAGUUAUAUAUUUUCAAUGCAAUGCUAACUAAAAUAUCUCAUCUACUUUAUUGGAUUUAGUCUAUUUUCUCUAUUUUUAUUUUCAUCAUGAGUCUGCAUAUAGAAAAUUAGAAAAAUAAAGGAACCUUAUUUGAAUAUAUAUUUUUAAGGGAUUCUCUUGUAUUACCUUGUAUUGAUUGUAGGUUCCUAAACUUGUAUGUUUAACAGUUUUGUUUUAAAAAAAAAAAAAAAAACAAUGUUCCAAAAAUGUUGGAUGCUUUUAAAAAGUGUUUCUCUCCUUUUUUUUUUUAUAUAUAUGCCAUUGUUUGCCUUAUGUGAUAAGUUUUCAAAUAAGCUUUACCAUAAACACUUUUGGCUCUGUUUUUUCUAAAACAGCCACAAGUUUUGAGUUUUGCCAUUUUUGAUUGUGUAUUUUAGUUUCAUUUAGAUCUUUCACUUUGCCUUCACUGGGUUGGUUUACUGUUCAACAUCAAAGUGUUUUCAGUAUUUUAGCUUUUUUAUUAUUAUGAAUUAUCUAUAGCUGUUUAGUAUUUUGCUCUUGGACAAUGACAAUAAAUUAUGCUUUUUUCUUGAAAAUUA